AUAGAGACUAAAAUAGUAUAAUACAUACUCCAAGUAUCGAAAUGCACGCAAUCGUGUCGGGAUUUAAUAUUUCGACAUUAAUUAUGUCAUCAUCAGGAAUCAUCAGGAAUAGAGACUAAAUUGAGCACUAAAAAAAAAUCAUAGCAAGGCUUGUCUUUACACACCUACCAUCGAUUAUUCAGUCUGAGGGAAAAUGGAAAACGACGAAGACAAAAAAUCGGCUGUGGUUCUCGACAACAAUGGUUUUAUAGGCGACGAUGGAACUCCCUCUCACUACCCUAUAAUAAUGGAAAACAGAAAUCUGAAACAAACUACAGAGGAGGAAGAGGAUCCAUGGGCAAACGACGAAUACAAGAAAUCGGCUUUGGAUGUCGACAACGUUGGUUUUAUAGGCGACGAUGGAACUCCCUCUCACCACCCUGUAACAAUGGAAAAUAGAAAUCUGAAACAAACUAAAGAGGAGGAAGAGGAUCCAUGGGUAGCUGCUCUACCAGAUACUGAUGAUCAACUGGAACCUUGGAGUGAGCUGAAUACUAAGGGGAAAUGUAUACGUGUUAUCAAGUUAUCAUGGCUGUACCUCUGUCUUCCUAUACUAUUUCUUGGUUUCCUCUAUAUGUUCAUAUGUUCACUGGAUUUUUUAAGUUCAGCCUUCAGAUUGCUAGGAGGUGAAGCAGCCGGAGAGUCAGGUAAAUAUGAACAUCUGUUUGCCAACUCAUCUCUUUCUGAUACAAAUGCCGGCAUCAUCAUGUUAUUUGCUUCCCUGUUUCUCCUGUGUUUCUGCUUGUUUGCGAUCAUCAAAAUUCUUCACACAAUUCUGAGGGGAAAGGUAGCUCGUUUGAUCAAAAAGUUUAUCAAUGCCGAUUUUCCCGGGAAGCUGUCGUUCCUGACUGGAUACUUCGCAAUUGUACUCGGCGCCUUGUUGACAUUCCUUGUCCAAAGUAGUUCCAUAUUUACUUCUGCCAUAACACCUCUUGUUGGUGUAGGAGUUAUCACUCUUGAGAGAAUGUACCCGUUGACCCUGGGAGCAAAUAUCGGUACCACUGCAACCGCUAUGAUAGCGUCACUGGCAGCUACAGGUAACAAGCUCAAACCUUCGAUCCAGGUUGCCUUAUGUCAUCUCUUCUUUAACAUUACUGGGAUCCUAAUUUUUUAUCCUAUUCCUUUUAUGCGUAAAAUACCCGUGUCCUUGGCCAAAAAACUAGGUAAUACAACAGCCAAAUAUCGUUGGUUCGCCCUUUUGUAUCUAUUAGUCAUGUUCUUUCUGUUACCAGCCUUCGUGUUUGGCCUUUCCUUGUGGAGUAUUUGGGCACUCGUCGGAUUUGGUAUUCCAAUCCUCCUCCUGUCUCUCUUUAUUACAAUAGUAAAUAUUUUACAAAACAAACGACCACAUUGGCUACCAGUUAAGCUCCAAGAUUGGGAAUUUCUUCCUACCUGGCUCCAUUCCUUGAAACCGCUAGACUCUAUUAUAACUAAGGUCAUGGAACUUUUAUGUAAACGUUGCACAUGUCGCCAAAUUGAAGAGAAGCAGGAAGAUGUAGUGAUGCUUAAGAUAUCUACUUUAUCAAACGAAAAUCAGAAUAACGAUAAAUAAACUUGUGCCAAUAAAAUAUGCAUAAUGCAAAUAAACAAAAUACAUAGGCCUAGAUUAUGGAAUAAGACUAAUAUACUAAUAAUAUAUAAUAUAAAAUAUUGAGAAAUUUAUUAGUUUUCCAGUUUCACAAUACAACAUUUUAUUCAGUUAACAUUUCCAUGCAUUUACUAUUUAUUAUCAUUUGUUUAUUAACGUACAAGUUUAAAUAAAAAACAGAACGUUAAAGAAGAGGAAUUUACGAGUGUGAAAGAAAGGUAAAUUGAGAUUCUGAGGGCGGGGAAGACGAUAAAUUUUGUCGGGGAACAAACAAAUUAAAAAAAAUAUUUACAUGUAAUAUUCGUUUAGCCACCAUAUUGUUUGUGUUCACUUUUCAUUACAACAACAACAAUAACAAUAACAAUAAUAAUAAUAAUAAUAAUAAUAAUAAUAAUAAUAAUAAUAAUAAUAAUAACAAUAAUUCAAUGAGACUAAUUAAAAAUAAUUUGCGUUCUGUUAUGGCAAAUGCUCAUUUAGAUAGCCUGAUGAUGGUUGGAAUAUACAUCGUGAAGUAACCUCGACCAUGACAGCGUGGUUGACAGAUUUCAUGCAAAAUUUCAAAAAUAUAGUAUUUCACUUUCAAGAAUGAGGAUUUUAAAAUAAAUUGGAUGGUUACAUUGCAUA